AUGUCAAGCAACCCUAUGCUUUUAAACCGAGUUAUUGGUGCACAGAGUGGAGGUUUAAGAGCGGCACUUUUAGCGAAAAUGGCAGGCUAUGGUGGAGCUGCAGACGGAACAGCUUAUAACCCUCAAAGUCAAAUGAAUUUGAGUUCACUCAAAAAUCAAAUAACAGAUGUCAAAAAGUCAAACAUAGACAUACAGAAACAAAUAAGUGAAAACGAAAAGAAACUAGAAUAUGACAGACACACAAAGAAACUCAAUGAGUUAAACGUAGAGAAAAAGAAGAAAGAAGAACAACUGAAAGAACUAAGUACAGAGGAAUAUGCGAAAAAAGUGUCAGAAAAAGCAGCAGAAGUAGCAAAAAUGGAACAAGAUGUCAUAAAUUUGAAAAACCAUACUACUCAAUAUAAAGUACUGAAAGAUGAAGAAAUAAAACAAAAAGCCCUGAAGACAUAUAUGGAUAGCGAUGAGUAUAAAAAAGAAGUUGAAGCAAAUGUAAAGGCAGAAAAACUUUUACAGUUGCAAAACCAAACCGUACAGUAUGAAAACUUAGCACAAGAAAGUAAAAAUAACGACGCGGCUAUGCAAAAGGCAAUGAAAAGCUCAGAAUAUAUAAAAGCUAACAAUGACUGGUUAGAUGCCCAAGCCAACGCUAAAGCAGCCCAACUCAUAGGGUCAAUAAGGACAAAAAUACAAGCGGAUGAAGACAGUUCAAAUGAAGCUUUAACAAAUGCUGACUUUAAGAACGCCUUCGAAGCUCUUCAUAGUAAGGUGAAACAAGUGAACGACUUCUCAUCUGGAAAGAAACUGAAGUCUGAAGGUUUCGACAACGAGUUAAAAGAAGUAGCACAAAAUAUGACGAAAAUAACAGAUGCAGCAACGAGACAGGCAGUUCAAAGUGCCUAUGACGCCGUUAGAGCAACUGUUGUGAAAAGUCAAGAAAAAGAGUUACAACAGACCAAAACAGACCUAGUAAAUGCUUUCUUAAGAACGAAAAGUCAGGUAGGACAUUACGCUGCAGAUGGAACAUAUGUGCCAGCUGGUGGAACUUAUAUACCACCAAACCCUCCAAGAGAAGCACCUGCACCAGGACUACCUAGAACAUUUACAUCGUCACAUGGACACAGACACAGGCAUGCACCAAAACCAACACAACAACCAACAGUUCAAAACCCUGCACAACAACCAACAGUUCAAAAUCCAGCACAACAACAACAACCAGCACAGCAACCACCUCCACAACCAGCACAACAACCACAAACAGAGCAAGGACAUAAAAGAAGUAGAGAACAAGGAAACCAAGAAUUCUUAAAAAUGCUUAAAGAAGAGUGUGGUUUCCCAGAUACUAUUGACUUUAGUGACAGAUAUAAAGAAGCUAUUGAAAGUUCAAGGAUGGAAAUACUGACCCGAACCUAUUUAGCUUUAUGA